AUGUCGGGCUCUUUAAGGCUAUCGGCUGGCCCGGCCAAACGACGAUUGCAGAAGUACUUGACCGAAGUACCACAAAUAACUGAGCCUGAAGAAAUGGCCACUUGUGAAGAAAGAAUUGAGCACUACGAAAGACUGCGCAGUGAAAUACAGUAUUCCCACCGAUCAAUAAGCUCCGCGGUCAGUAUUCUAGAAAGAAUCAGUGAGCGGUGGUUACAAAUGGUAGAGGAGGCUCCCGAGUAA